AAUUUGAUCCUGCAUAUGUUCACGCCUGGAGGGAGUGGUCCCAGCAUGAAUUCUACAGUGUCAAAGAUUACAAAACCAAGGAAACACGUAGAAGAUCCAUUUUUGAACAACAGACUUAAAAGACAGAAUGGAAUAACAAUGAAUGAGCAAAGGAACCCAAAUUCUGAAGACUGGUUGGAGGACCUUAAGAAGAUCAGAAAUAUGACAUAUGAAGAAUUCAAUGGACGCCUAUGUAUCUUUGAGGACAUAUGUCGAAAUCUACACAUUGAAGUAAGGGUGACCAGAAUGUCUAGAUCUCAGUAUGGUGAAUUCCUGGUCUUUUUGUCUGAGCACAUCCAGACGCUGGAAGGGGUUUCUGAACGCUACCUUCCUCUUGCAUAUCUGCUUCGUACUGCAUAUCAGCGUCCUCGUGCAUAUCAGCUUCCUCCUGCAUAUCAGGAAGCCGAGACAUCGGAUAACAAUGCCAUCAACUGUCUUGGAAAAUGGCUUCUCAAUACAUUUCUGACAAUGUACCAGAACGGCUCUCUGCGACAGAAUAGAAUAACAAUGAAUGAGCAAAGGAACCCAAAUUCUGAAGACAGGUUGAAGGACCUUAAGAAGAUCAGAAAUAUGACAUAUGAAGAAUUCAAUGGACGCCUAUGUAUCUUUGAGGACAUAUGUCGAAAUCUACACAUUGAAGUAAGGGUGACCAGAAUGUCUAGAUCUGAGUAUGGUGAAUUCCUGGUCUUUUUGUCUGAGCACAUCCAGAAGCUGGAAGAGGUUUUUGAACGCUCCCUUCCUCUUGCAUAUCUGCUUCGUACUGCAUAUCAGCGUCCUCGUGCAUAUCAGCGUCCUCGUGCAUAUCAGGAAGCCGAGACAUCGGAUAACAAUGCCAUCAACUGUCUAGGAAAAUGGCUUCUCAAUACAUUUCUGACAAUGUACCAGAACGGCUCUCUGCGGUACUGGCUCGAUGGCUAGUAUUUCAAAAAUAAACAAGUGUCAUGAAAAGCUA